AUGGCGGAGCUCGGCGGUAUGCUUGCCGCUGCCAUCCUCAAGGUGGUGGGUGACCAGAUCGGUUCAGCGAUCGGAGGCCAGAUCACCCUGCAGAAGAACUUCGAUGAGGACCUGAAGAAGAUGAAGAUGGCGCUCGAGUCCGUCGAUGCCGUCCUUGAGGAUGCCGAGAGGCGAUCCAUCACGGAUAAAUCAACGCGUCUUUGGCUGAAGCGGCUUAAAGAUGUCAUGUAUGUCAUCUCCGACAUGAUCGAUGAGUUUGAGGCCGACACACAGGCCAUCACCCAGCCGUCUGCACCGAAGUGCUCUUUUAAAAAGUAUUUGGCAAUUAUGAUCCCCUGUCUCACAAUUGGUCCCAAGAUUAAAAUGGCCAACAGGAUGGAGAAGAUGAGGGAUGAUCUAGAGCUGAUAACAGAUCAACACAAAAUGUUUAAAUUAACACAAGGUACUAAUGCCAAUGAGACGAAGGUUACUGAUAUAAGGGAAACAUCGUCAAUCAUGGAGACACAAAUUGUUGGGAGGACCGAUGAUAAAGAUGAAAUAUUGGCUUCUUUAUUUGAGAGCAUGACAGAAGACAUCACAAUCCUUCCUAUAUAUGGCAUUGGAGGCCUUGGCAAGACCACCUUGGCAAAAAUGGUUUAUAGUAGUUCCCAGUUCAAAGAAUACUCUCAGGUGUGGGUUUAUGUGUCUCAAACAUUUGAUUUGAAACAUAUUGGAAAUUCUAUAAUAUCACAGCUAUCAGAGGGAGUGAAGGAGAGUGAGUACACUGAAAUUCAGAUGAUACACAAAUCCCUUCAAAAGCUUCUUGCUGGUAAGAAGAUUCUUAUUAUUUUAGAUGACCUCUGGGAGGACAAGGAUUUUCAUCUGGAAAGCCUAACCGACAUGCUAAAGGUUGGGAAGGACAGUAAUGUGGUUGUUAUAGUAACCACACGCGAUGAAGGCAUAGCAAGAAAAAUUUCUACCAUCCGGCCAUGCAAAUUAAAAGCUUUGACUGAUGACAUGUGCUGGUCUAUAAUAAAGAAAAAAAGUGCAUUUGAAUCUAGAGGUGGCAAAGAACAUGCAGAGAAGACAGGGAAGGCCAUCGCAAUGAAGUGUGGUGGUGUGGCUUUAGCAGCUAAAUCAAUUGGACACACGCUGCAAUAUAUAAAGUUCAGUGAAUGGGAAUCCUUGAGGGAUAGCAAUAUAUGGACUCUAUGCUUUGCCUAUUGUGCAAUAUUUCCUAAAGGUCACAAGAUAGUUAAAGAGGAGCUUAUUUACCAGUGGGUUUCUCUUGGUUUCUCUACUUGGCAACUUGGUGAGAGAUGCAUUAGUCAGCUUUUGGGACUCUCUUUCCUUGAAUAUUCAAAUUCAGAAUCGAAUAUCGAGCUAUAUGAUGAAGAUAUUACAUUGGUAACCAUGCAUGACUUGGUGCACGAUUUAGCUAGGACAACCAUGGACAAUGAAGUUUUUGUCGUUAGCAAAGGCGAUAAUGCCCAGGGAAGCUGCUAUCACUAUGCACUACUCGAUGAUUGUACCAAGCCAUUGGUCUCGGAGUUAUCCAUGAUAAGGGCACUCCGUUUUAUGAAGUGUGAUAAAAUCACAGUUCAUGAUGCUGCAUUUUCAUCCGCUAAUUCCCUGCGUGUCCUGGACUUAAGUGAAUGCAUCAUACACAAGUCGCCAGAUUCUAUUGGUGUACUGAAGCAGUUGAGGUAUCUUAACGCUCCGGGAGUCCAACAUACAACGAUUCCAGAUAGUAUCACCAAGCUCUCGAAAUUAAUUUAUCUGGACAUUCAUGGAUCUCCUACAAUUGUGAAGCUACCGAAGUCAAUUGGAGAUACUGACGGUCUGGUGUAUCUUAAUUUGUCAGGUUGUUCAAGACUUGCAAAACUACCAGAAUCAUUCAAGAGGCUACAAAAAUUAGUGCAUUUAGAUCUGUCAAAUUGCUCUUGUGUUCGAGGUAUAUCUGUACUCUUGGGGAACCUCACCCAACUCCAGUAUUUGAACUUAUCUCACUGCCAAAAAAUUGGAGAGAUGCCGGAAGCUCUAGGCGUCUUAUCCAAACUAAAGUAUUUGAACUUAUCAUUCAGCUCAUAUCUUGAAAGUUGCCAGGAAGCAGAAGUUUUGGGCGCCCUGAACAAACUUGAGUAUUUGAACUUAUCUUCAAAGCACUGUAGUCUUCUAAAGCUCCCAGAAACUUUGGGCACAUUCAUUCAACUCAAGUACUUAAGCUUGUCAGGUUGUGAGAGAAUGUCAGAAUUGCCGAGGUCAUUUCCGAGUCUAAAAAAUUUGGUGCAUCUUGAUCUAUCAUACUGUCAUAGGAUUUGUUUUCUAGAUGAAGCUUUGGUUGGCCUUUCGAAUCUGCAACAUUUGAAUUUACAGGGUACAUGUAUCAAGUUGCUGCCAGAAGAUGUGAACAAACUCCAGUAUUUGAAUCUUGGUAGCAGUGCAAUAUCGUUACCGUACUUUAGGGUGCGGCGUGGUGAUGGUCAAUCUAGUAGUAGCCUCGUCCUGCUACAACACAUAGAUCCUGUCGUGCUCAAGUUGACUAAACUUGAAAAUGUGAAGUCCGUUGAAGAGGUACAUCGUAUAAAUUUGGCUGGGAAGACACAACUUGAGGACUUGACACUGGAGUGGACUCGAGAUGCUGAGAGAUUUGUGGAUCACAAAAUUUUGAUGGAAAAUCUAGUGCCACCAAUCACAUUGAAGAAGUUGGAGAUAUGUGGUUACAGCGGUAUGAGCUUUCCAGCCUGGCUAGUGGGCCAAUUGCCAAACCUAAAGCAUCUGGUUUUCAGAGGUAUGGCAAACCUGGAAGAGUGGAACACGUCAUACUCCAGUUGUGGGGAGCACGUGAUUGGACAGUUGGAAAUACAUGAUUGCCCCCUGUUAAGGAUGAAACCGCUUCCACCUAAAGCUUGGGACUGGGUGAUAUCAAACAGUGAUAACGUGUUAUCAUCAUGGGAAGAGUGUACUGGACCACACGCCGAUGCCACCUCCUCUGUUUCUCCGGUAAUAACUACUGAGCUGUCAGUUAAAAACUGCAAGGUACCUAUGCAUCAGUGGAGGUUGCUUCAGCACUUCCCUGGCCUCACUUCUUUGUCUAUUAAAGGCUCAGUUGAUCUGACCGGCUCACCAGAUGUCAUCCAACAUCUCUCCUCUCUAGAGACUCUAACGCUACAAGACGAAUACUUGGAAGAGCUGCCAAAAUGGUUGAACGAGAACAAGGGGCAACUCACAAAGCUAAAUCUGAUGGAUUGCAACAGCAUGGCAUCACUGCCGCACUGGUUAGGAGAAUUAACCUCCCUCAAGAAACUUCGCCUGUGGGGAUGUGCUGUCUUGAAUUAUUUGCCAAAAAGUAUACAACAACUCACCAGUCUCCAGACACUAGAUAUUACUAGGUGCCCUGAAUUAAAGUGCUUGGGUGAAAGUGUAUGUCUCCUGCCCAGCUCUCUUCGGGAACUUAAAAUCUGGAGCUGUAACGGUAUCAAGUGUUUGUCUGAGGGCAUGGAACAACUCACCAACCUCCAAAAACUGGUUAUUUGUAAUUGCCCUGACCUAAGACAGUGGUGUGAAUUAGAGGAGAACAAGAUGAAGCUGGCUCACAUAGAAGAAAAGAAUAUAUUCUUUCCUGCAUUUCUUAGAGAGUUCUUCCCUGCAGAAAUGCCUAUAUGGUCAUUACCGGCGCAGUACAUGGGGAACCAUCUUUUUGUUGAUAAUGUAACAUUUGCCUUAUGUGUAUACAUAAGGCUAGAAAUAUGUGGUUACAAUGGUGUGAGCUUUCCAGCCUGGCUAGUAGUGGACAACCUACCAAACCUAGAGCAUCUGGAACUCAAAGGUAUGGCGAACCUGGAAGAGUGGAACACGUUAUACUCCAGUGGUCAGGAGUAUGUGCUUAAAUAUUUGGAGAUACGUGAUUGCCCCCAUUCCACCUAA